CAAAAUGCGAAUUCUUUAUCUGUACAGAAUAUUCAAGUUAGUGGAUCAAGCCGUAAUAUUGGAGCUAAAGACCAAAGAAAUGUUUAUGCCAAUACAUCAAGUGAAUUACCCUCUUUUGAAAAACAACAUCUUCAUCCUAAUGCUUCUUCUCAAAGUUUUGAUUUUGAACAAAGCUCUAUAG